AUGUCUGCCCCGUAUAUCCCAAAUCUCCUCUCCCUCCGAGGUUCAAGAGGAGGGCAUCGUGGCCGUGGCCGAGGACGAGGGGGUCACUCACAUUCUACCGGCCUCAGCCACGAUACUACCAUUCAAGGUACAGAUACGGAUGCUGCUGUGUCACGUAUGAGCGCUGUUGAUCUGGGUUACCUACAAGACCCUUUCGCACAAUAUUUCGUUCAGUCUGUUGGUGGCAUUGUUAGGAGACUGCCUAUUAUAAAUCGAGGGACUUACACACGGACUACUGCAUUGGAUCGACUGAUAUCUUCCUUCUUGUCGGGCACCGCAACGCAAGAACGACAAAUUAUCUCACUCGGUGCGGGCACAGACACAAGGUGUUUUAAGCUCCUUUCUCAACCCAGCCAGGCUGGCCUUAUCUAUCAUGAGAUCGACUUCCCCGCAAUUGCUUCUAAGAAGCUACAGCUUGUGAAUGCUACCCCUCAACUCAGGUCCAUUAUCUCUAACCCACAGAAUGAGAAGGACGGCUGGAGUAGUUCAAGCCUACCGAAUGGUUGUCAAUAUUGGUGUCACGGAUUGGAUCUGAGAGCCCUGCUCAAUAGUGGCACAGAAGCUCUCAGUGGCAUCCGGACAGAUAUCCCAACACUGUUGGUGUCAGAAUGUUGUCUAUGCUACUUAGAAACUUCAGAGGCCCAAAGCGUAAUCAAGUAUUUCGCCGAAAAAACACCAGAUCUUGCCAUCAUCGUCUACGAGCCAAUUCACCCUAAUGACUCUUUCGGCAAGCAGAUGGUAUCUAAUUUGGCAGCGCGACGGAUACAUAUGCCAACGCUGGACUCAUAUCAAGACUCUGCUAAGCAGCAGUCCCGAUUAAAAGAAGCCGGGUUCCGGCUCGCGACAAGCUUGACCAUAAGAGAAAUAUGGCGGAAAUGGGUCACGGAGGAAGAAAAAGAAAGAGUCGAUAGUCUGGAGGGGUUAGAUGAGGUUGAAGAAUGGAAUCUUCUAGCGGACCAUUACAUCAUGAUGUAUGUCUCUGGUGAGACGGGAGAGCCUUCUGUUGAGACUACUACUAUAAUCGAGGAGAUUGUUCGGCAGCAAGUUAUUGAAAUGCUGCGAAGCUGUACUGAACUGGCUACGCGCCGUGGCUCCCGAUCUAUCACUAUUAAUGAUCUAAUAUUUCAAAUCCGCGACGAUGCGCCUAAGGUAUCACGUCUUAGGACCUUCUUAUCAUGGAAAGAUGUUCGCAAGAGCGCCAAGGAUUCCGACGACAAAGGCGGAGAAGCUGAUUUGGGUGUUGCUGACGACCCUGGUGGAGCCGUUAUGCCUGGUGGCCCCGCAGUAGAAGAGGCCGCCAAGAAAAAUAAGAAGGCCAAAGUUAAGCUCCCUUGGGAACCUUCCUCGUUCUAUGGCCAGGAAGUCCCGGAGCGCGACGACGAGGAAGAUGAGGAGGAAGAGGAGAUGAAUUAUAUCACGCUUCAACGACUGCGCAAAGCCGACGAGCGGACAAAGGCGAUGACUAGGGAGGAAUACGUCACAUGGUCCGAAUAUCGACAGGCAUCAUUCACAUACCGAAAGGGCAAGCGAUUUCGGGAGUGGGCCGGUUUUGGUAUCGUAACAGACAGUAAACCCUCAGAUGAUAUCGUGGAUAUCCUGGGUUUCUUGACCUUCGAGAUGGUCCAGACGCUCACGGAGGAGGCGCUCAAGAUCAAAGAGCAAGAAGACUUAUGGAAGGAACGGAGCGGAGGCGAUAACCCGGGCACCAAGAAGCGGAAGCUCACACAAGGGCUAUUUGAUCUACCCAGCGAAGGCAGGAUCCCCGUUGAAGCGCGCCACGUUCAAGAGGCGUUUCGGAGACUCCAGACCCGACCGAAGAGAUCUCGGGCUAUGCUGAACGGGACGAACCUGCAGCAGAGAACCAACUUGAAGCUGUUCUAA